UACACGUCAAUUUUUAGUCACAAAAUUUGUGUGAAAAUCUAGAAUCUAUUUAUUUGAGCAGAACACAAAAGAGAAAAUGGGAUUGACAAUAUCUAGUUUACUAACGCGACUAUUUGGCAAAAAACAAAUGCGCAUUCUAAUGGUUGGCCUGGACGCUGCCGGAAAGACAACCAUUCUGUACAAAUUGAAACUGGGCGAAAUCGUAACGACCAUUCCAACUAUCGGAUUUAAUGUGGAAACCGUGGAGUACAAAAAUAUAUGUUUCACCGUUUGGGAUGUCGGCGGCCAGGACAAAAUUCGCCCGCUCUGGCGUCACUAUUUCCAAAAUACACAAGGCCUAAUUUUUGUCGUCGACUCGAACGAUCGCGAUCGGAUAACCGAGGCCGAAAAAGAACUCCAAAACAUGCUUCAGGAAGAUGAGCUAAGGGACGCCGUGCUCUUGGUUUUUGCCAACAAACAGGAUCUACCGAAUGCUAUGAGUGCUGCCGAACUAACUGACAAGUUGCACCUGAAUCAAUUGAGAAACCGCCACUGGUUUAUUCAGUCAACUUGCGCAACCCAGGGACACGGUUUAUAUGAGGGACUAGAUUGGCUGUCAGCUGAAUUGGCCAAAAAAUGAUCUGUAAUAUUUUCCAAUCAAGCGCUAAGAUUUUGUUUUGUUCUCAACAUGAAAACAAUUACUAUUGAAUAGAUUCUUAAUAAAUAUG